GGCAAAUAGUGUCCCUUUUCUGUUUUAUCUAUUUUUGGAAGUGCUCUCAUCGUGUUUAUGUCGUUAAUAUUUUGCAAGGUAUCUUGCUGAAACAAUGUUUGCAAAACCCUUCCAAGUGAAAACUAAUUGUCAACUCAAAGGGUCUGUUAGGAAGAAAUUCCGAGCAGACAUAUUGAAAGCAUUUCCAAGUAUCACCGAGGAGGCCUUCAAUGAAUACAUACCUAACAAAGAACCAGUUUCCCUGAUGAAAAUUUUUACUCAUUCCAAGGAUAUUGUCCAUGUUUAUUCUUUGGAAAAGGGACCUAUUGCAUUCGAGAGAGAGAAUCAGCUAUUUCCUGCUCUAUACCUGCUCUGGCAGUUUCCUAAUUUGGUUCCAUCAUUUACUACAUGGCCACCAGUGCUUCAAAAAUUAAAAAAUGGAGCCGACCUUAUGCUCCCUGGUGUUGUGCUACCCGGUGGCAUUUCAAUAAAUGCUUAUGGAAAACUAUCUAAGGGUGACUGUGUCUCAGUAAACCUUACAACUAAUCAGGCUCCUAUUGCUGUUGGCGUGGCAGCUCAUUCCAGUCAUGAUAUGUAUAUGUGUGGUGGUCGUGGCAAAUGUGUGAAUAUAUUGCAUUUUGUCGGAGACCUCCUAUGGUCACAGGGAGCAAAAUAUAACAUUCCUGAGUUGGGUCCACCACCAGGCCUGAGUGCCUGUGUUUUCGAAAAUUUGAGCUCAGAAGACGAAUCAGAGGAUGAUUCAGAAGAUGAUGAGUCAAGUAAAACAGAUUCAGAUGAACAGAGUGAAGAUGACAAGAAAACUGGACAGAGUGAGGAAGAAGAAGAGAUUGAGCAUGAAAAUGAGGUUGAAGAUCUUACGCAAAAACUUACCAGCCUCAUCCCAAACCUUGAAGAGAAAGCUGCUUCAGCUGAGAGCAAUGAUAUUAUCCAACCGUUGGAAACAGAAGCGGAAGCUAUGGAUAAACUACUCAGAUUUUGUUUCUUGAAAUCCCUUAAAACAUCAGCUCGAAAGGUUGAUCUGCCAAUCCUUACUAGCAACUUUUAUAAAGUACAUAUGCUCUCUGCGUGUCCUCCUGGAAAAUCAGUAGAUUUAAAAAAGUCUUCUUACAAAAAGCUCAGUAAAUUUCUUGAUGAAAUUGCUGUUGAAAAAAUAAUUUCUCAAAAAGAGUUAAGCAAAGGAGUAAUGAGUAUAACUUCAAUUAACUACAACCAUGAAGCUGUUCUCACUUUUUUGGAUCUGGAUGCUGUGGUUGAUGUAAGUGGUCAGGUAUUACCUGGGCAUUCUCGUGUUGGAAAAUGUAUGUGUGGCCAAGUACAUGCCGAGCAAAUGUACUCAGUUACACCUUCAGUUCUUCCAAUAUUCAGCCUUUACUCUAACAGGCUUGGAGCUGAGCUUUCCCCUGCGUCUGUUAAAAAGGUGAUUAGUGACUAUGUAAACAACAAAAAUCUCCACAUCGGUGGAGACACUAGUAAAGUUCAAUGUGAUGAUGUAUUGGCAAAGGCUGUGUUGGGGGUUCUACCAGCAGAACCUCUGGUUUUAGUUUGGGAUGAUCUACUUAAAAGAGUGAUGGCACGUAUGUUGGACACAAGUUCAUUACCACCCCCUAAGAUACACAAAGAAGACAAAGGAAAAUUGACCCCCAUAGAUAUCCAAACUGCCACACGCACUGGAAACAAAAAGGUGACUUUAAUUUCAAACUUAGAAAUUUACGGUGUGGAUGUAGCUGAAUUUGCAAAGGAAUGCCAACGAGGUGUAGCGGCAAGUACUACCAUCAAUCCCCUCCAAGGACGAAAAGGAGUUCAACUACAAAUUCAAGGAAAUCAAGUUCGUUUCAUUUCACAACUGCUGCAUGAUAAAUACAAAGUCCCCUUAGCCAAUAUGCGAGGGUUGGACAAAGCUCCCAAAGUUAAAGGACAAAAGAAAGCCCCAUCAACAAAACCGAAGAAAUAAAAACUGUGUAAAUAAAGGGAAAAGUAACUGAUGCUUUUAUUAAAAUUUCCUUUUCUAAAUAAAAAUGUAGCUUGCUUUCUUGA